CCGGCAGGAGCUGACUGGGGAGAGCAACAUGGAGAGGAAGCCGCCGGAAAGCAGGCAAGGCCUCAGUCACAGAGAAGUGCCCCGCGUGGUCGGGUUGCUGCUCACCAUGGCCCUCCUGAAUGCUCUCCUUUACCUCUGCCUCGACCAGUUUUUCAGUUCCCCUCGACGCUCCACUGAGGGCCCUAGGCCCUGUCCCCACGGUUACUUCAAAAUGGGACAGAUGAGAAACUGCUCACCCUGGCUGUCCUGCCAGGAGCUGAGAACAGAAGUGAGGCAGUUAAAGUGCGUUGGGGAAGGAGCUGUGAAAAGAGUGUUUCUGUCAGAAUGGAAAGAACGCAAAGUUGCUUUGUCACGGCUCACCAGUCCAGAGAUGAAAGACGAUUUUCUCCAUGGAUUGCAGAUGCUGAAAUCUCUACAAAGUAAACACAUCGUCACAUUGCUUGGCUACUGUGAGGAGGACAAUACUAUUCUUACUGAGUAUCACCCCUUAGGUUCCUUGAGCAACCUGGAAGAAACACUAAAUCUUUCCAAGUACCAAAAUGUGAACACAUGGCAGCAUAGGCUGCAGCUGGCCAUGGACUACGUUGGCAUCAUCAACUACCUGCAUCAGAGCCCCCUGGGCACACGCGUCAUGUGUGACUCUAAUGAUCUGCCCAAGACACUGUCACAGUACCUGCUGACAAGUAACUUCAGCAUUGUAGCAAAUGACUUGGAUGCCUUGCCCUUGGUGAACCACAGCUCCGGGGUAUUUGUGAAGUGUGGCCACAGGGAGCUUCAUGGGGAUUUUGUGGCCCCAGAGCAGUUGUGGCCUUUUGGGGAGCACACGGCUUUCCAUGAUGACCUCAUGCCCUCCUAUGAUGAGAAGAUAGAUAUCUGGAAAAUCCCAGAUGUCUCCAGUUUCCUGUUGGGGCACGUCGAGGGGAGUGAUAUGGUUCGAUUCCAUCUCUUUGAUAUUCAUAAGGCCUGUAAAAGCCAGACUGCUGCGGAAAGACCAACUGCACAGGACAUUCUGGACACUUACCAGAAGGUUUUGAAUUCUCUUGGAGAUGCUGUGCCAUCCCAGACAAGAGAAAUGCUGUGAAAACUAGUGCAGUACUUGCGGGCUAGCACUGAAGGACUGAAUGAAGUCCCAGCAGUCUUGCUGUGAUGGGGGAGGAGUGCUUGGACUUCCUGUUUCCUUGUGUUUUGCUCUCAGCCAUGUGCUUUUACUCUAUAUUCACCUGCAUGUUUAAGUGCAGCCUGGAACAGUUACAAAGCAAGAGCAAACCAGGGCGGAUGUCACCUGACUUUUUCUUCCUCAAGCCAUUUACUUCCUGGUGAAGGUGCAGAGAAACAGAAAAUCUACCCAAUAUUUGAAGGAAAUAAUAAAAAUAUAACUGUACAGACACUUCAUCUACCCUGAUAAUUGAAUUUUGAAUAUGCUUACAAAAAUUUAUAGAGAAGUUGUUUUUAUUUUUAUUAGUAUGUGUUUACAGUACAUAAUUAUUGUAUUCCUCAUGAGUUGGUACGUGAACAUAACACAUCUUUUUAUGUCCCCUUUCUCCAUCAUCCUUCUCUUUUAGGUAUUUAGUAGAGGGUCUAUAGGG